AGGGAAGCUCGGCGUUCCUGAAAAGCCAGGCAGGCCCGGGACUGAGGGAAAGGAACGCACCAGCCCCCAGACACCAUUUUGUCUUGGUUUGGGCUUCACAUUUUCUCCCCGAUUUUCACUUUAAAGUGCUCAGCGAUUACCGGCAUCAGCCGCAAAAGCCACCGCCGGCCCCAGCCGCGCACAGAACCCUGUGUCCUGCUGUCCCCGCUCACGGUCACGGAGCCCCAGGCUAGGAGAUGUGAUACUCACGAAGGGGCCCCUGCGGCCUCUUCUGAACAGGAACGCCAUCAGGACGGGACGGCUCCAACCACCGCCUCACGGCCGCCUCCUCGCCGCGUCGGACGCUUCGCCUUCGCGACCCGCCUGGAAACAAAGCCACGGCGGAUUUGCUGCGGGCCCGAGCUCCUCCACUCAGCAUGGGCUUUACUCACCCUCGCUCGGCCGUAGCAACAGCUCCGGGUGCGGCCCGCCCUCCGCUCCUCCUCCGCCCGCGGCCUGCCGAGCUCCCGCUGCCGUUUCCCGGUACCGCUGCCCGGCGGGCCCUUGGCUGCCGCGGGCGGCUCCUCUGGGCCGGGCAGCGCCCCUGCGGCCUGCGCCGUGGGAUGUGUGUCGGUGUGGUACCGGCUUGUCUGUGGUGCUUGUACUUUAGUUCAUGCCUUAGCCUCCAAGUCAGAACACCGCGUACAACUGGCAAACCUGAACAUAAUCUCUCCCGCCUUUUAAUAGUUGGUCUGGAGACUUCCACCAGCUGAGGGAUGGAGGGGCCUCUGGAGCUGGCUUUGUAAUUCAGGAAGAUUUCCACCCAGCAAGUUGGAUGAAGGUAUGGAAAAGGGUGUAACUGCUACUGAAGGAGGAUUUGAAAGGAGGGCUGAUGACAACCAAAGCAAACUCUCCUGUGACAGCAGGAUCUAUAGUUGUCCCUUUGGGGCAUAUGAUUGGAAAUGAGAAGUGGAGAGGCUCAGAGCUAGCCCAAAGGCUACAAGGGAAAGUUAGACUCAUCUUUGAAGAUGGCUUGGGACUGGUGGACUUUCAUCUUCCAAACAGAACUUGCAUUUUACUUAUUUCUGAAGCAGAUUUGGUUGCAGGGGAUGAAUUCAAACGAAGAUUGGUUAGGUUUAGAAAUGCCAGCAGUCUUAGGGGAAUUGUAAUCGUAGAGAAAACCCCAAUCAGUGAUCAGUACUACCUAGGAGUACAAAAACUUGUGGUACUUGAACUUGGCAUGGUGUUGCUUCCUGUGGCAAAUCAAGGAGAAGCUUCUCAGCUUAUUAUUCAACUAGUGCGGGAGCAGAGCCGGGACCGCGGCUCCAACCCGUUCGUGGGCAGGCAGCGCGCCCGGCCGGCAGAGCCCGCGGUGCUGCAGGCGCUGCAGCGCAUCCCCGGCGUGGGCAGAACAAAAGCUCUGCUCUUACUGCAGCGCUUCGGGAGCAUCCAUCGCCUCUGCAACGCCGACAGCCAGGAGCUGGAGCAAGCAGUUGGACAAACAGCAGCACAACAGAUUUAUACUUUUUUACAUUCCUGACGUGCGCGUGCAGUGGUAUUUUGCAAAACGAAAAUUUGGGAUUUUUCUUCUGAAUUGUAACAUUUUGGUUUUAAUAAUCACGUAUUAUGCUGAUUUCUGUAAUCAUGGCUAGCAGCAAGGGGACUCUGAUGCUUCUUUUUUACAUCUGCUCUGUUCAUAUAGAUUAAGCUGUGCAAAUUGCCUUGGAAAGAAGUCUGUAUUUUGCAUCUGUCUGGAACAAAUAAAAAACAAGAAAGCUGUC